UUGAGCUUUGGAAUUGUAUAAUUCCUUAUCCCUAUCUUUUAAGUAGGGACUCACAUGCAAAGAAAAUUGGAAGUUUUCUGUUCUGAGAGGAAGAAUUGAAUCUUCCUUUUCAUAUGCAUCUAUAUUAAUAUGAUUAACGAUUCUUGAUUCCAUUCAUUGCUUUUCCUUUUGUCUGUGGAUUUGCACCAAUUCUUUUGAUUUUGAUUUUUGAAGCACAUCUUCUCUUCUCGUUUGUGCGGCAGCAGCCGCACGGAGUUCACCACUCGCCGCUCUUCAGCGCCAACCUACUGAAGAUUCCGUCCGCCGUCAGCAGCAAGGAGGAGAUCAAGAUUUUUGAAGUUUCAAUUAAGAGUUGUGCGGAAUUGUAAAACUCAAUGGAACAAGAGAAUAACGAGAGCCAUGGGGAUGAAGCACAUGAUAUUGAAAGUGAUUCAGUUGUGUAUCUAAAGGAGAAUGAUUCUCUCUGCCGGCCACUUCUAGUGAAGAGGACAAACACCACUUCACAGAUAGCUAUUAUUGGUGCCAAUACUUGCCCCAUUGAGAGCCUGGAUUAUGAGAUUGUGGAAAAUGAAUUAUUUAAGCAGGACUGGAGGUCAAGGAAGAAGCUUCAAAUAUAUCAGUAUAUUCUGCUCAAGUGGGCAUUUGCACUUCUUAUUGGGCUAGGCACUGGACUGGUUGGGUUCUUCAACAAUAUUGCAGUUGAAAACAUUGCUGGUUUCAAGUUGCUGCUGACUACUGAUCUGAUGUUGAAGCACAAAUACUUCAAGGCUUUUGCAGCAUAUGCUGGUUGCAACGUGGUUCUUGCAGCAGCAGCAGCAGCUCUUUGUGCUUUCAUUGCUCCAGCAGCAGCUGGUUCUGGUAUUCCUGAGGUCAAAGCCUAUCUCAAUGGUGUGGAUGCUCAUUCAAUACUAGCUCCUAGUACUCUCUUUGUAAAGAUUUUUGGUUCCGUUCUAGGCGUAUCUGCUGGAUUUGUUGUUGGCAAAGAAGGGCCUAUGGUUCAUACAGGCGCUUGCUUAGCUUCUUUACUUGGACAAGGGGGUUCUCGCAAGUACCACUUGACUUGGAAAUGGCUAAGGUACUUCAAAAAUGAUAGGGAUAGGCGAGACUUGAUCACUUGUGGAGCUGCUGCUGGUGUGGCUGCUGCCUUUCGUGCUCCAGUUGGUGGUGUCCUCUUUGCCCUUGAGGAAGCAGCAUCUUGGUGGAGGAGUGCUCUUCUUUGGAGAACAUUUUUCACAACAGCAGUUGUUGCUAUAGUUUUGAGAGCUUUUAUACAGUUAUGCGCCACUGGAGUUUGUGGGUUGUUUGGGGAAGGAGGUCUAAUUAUGUAUGAUGUCAGUUCAGCCAAGGUUCUAUAUAACGGGCCAGAUAUAUUGGCAGCAACACUGCUAGGAAUUAUUGGAGGCAUUUUUGGAAGCCUUUAUAAUUAUCUUGUGGAUAAGGUGGUUCGCAAUUAUAGCAUCAUUAAUGAAAGAGGACCUGCUUUCAAAAUCUUACUAGUUGUUGCCAUCUCCCUGUUGACAUCAUGUUGUUCCUAUGGUUUGCCAUGGUUGGCAACGUGCAUCCCUUGCCCAACUGAUCAAUCGACAAGCUGCCCUAAUACAGAUGUAUCUGGCAACUAUAAAAGCUUUCAGUGCCCAUCAGGUUAUUACAAUGACCUUGCAUCACUCUUUCUGAAUACUAAUGAUGAUGCCAUACGCAACCUAGUCAGCACCAAUACCGAGAAAGAAUUUCAUAUUUCCUCCCUCUUGAUCUUCUUUGCUGCUGUUUACUGUCUUGGCAUUAUCACUUAUGGGAUAGCUAUCCCUUCUGGGCUCUUUAUCCCUGUCAUACUUGCUGGUGCAUGCUAUGGUCGUCUUGUUGGAAGACUAUUUGCAUCCAUCUCUAAACUUGAUGUAGGUCUCUAUGCUCUCCUUGGAGCAGCCUCACUUCUUGGUGGCACGAUGAGGAUGACGGUUUCCCUUUGUGUUAUACUGUUGGAGCUCACUAAUGACUUAUUGUUGCUUCCCCUAGUAAUGUUAGUUCUCCUCAUAUCAAAAUCUGUUGCUGAUUGCUUCAACAAGGGUGUCUAUGACCAAAUAGUGAAAAUAAAAGGAUUGCCUUACAUGGAAGCACAUGCAGAACCUUACAUGAGGCAAUUGGUGGCCCUUGAUGCUGUUACAGGACCUCUGGUCACCUUCUCUGGUGUUGAGAAGGUGAGAAACAUAUUACAUGCCUUGAGAACUACAGGGCAUAAUGGGUUCCCUGUGAUUGAUGAACCACCAUUUUCAGAUGCUCCUGAAUUAUGUGGACUUGUUUUACGGUCUCAUUUGCUUGUGUUGCUCAAGGGAAAAGUUUUUUCAAGACAUAGGGUACUUGCAGGAGAUGAGAUAUUAAAUAAAUUUGCGGUGUUUGAUUUUGCCAAGGCAGGCUCAGGGAAGGGAAUCAAAUUGGAGGACAUAGAUAUUGAAGAGGAGGAGAUGGAUAUGUAUGUGGAUCUUCAUCCUAUUGUCAAUACAUCUCCAUACACGGUGGUUGAGACGAUGUCACUUGCCAAAGCUGCAAUUCUCUUUCGUCAACUUGGUCUUAGGCACAUGUGUGUGGUUCCGAAGAGCCAGGGGAGGCCUCCAAUUGUUGGAAUACUGACGCGGCACGACUUCAUGCCAGAACAUAUUUUGGGACUCUACCCUCAUGUUAAGCAUCACAAGUGAUGAUGUUUGAUGAAUAUUGCUCCGUAAUUGAACAGUUAAAUUUUUGGUUUAUAGGAAAUGGUUGCAGAUAUUAAGUUGAUAUUCAACCUUGCUGGAAACGAAAUAUUUUAAACAAUGCCUGGAAGCGACUCACUAUAAACAAGGAUAAUAUCGGAUGAUGCAAUUCUGUAGGUUGGCAAGGCCAACUACUACGUAUAUCUUGGAUAGACAUAUUUGGAACAACAAUAGUCUCAAAACAGACUACUCUGGAAAGCUGGUUGGAACUUGAUCAACUGAAUUUAUUUCCGUUUUGCUCCGAGUGUACAAGGGUUUUUGCUGCGGUUGUUGUUUGACAUUUUGUGUUCUUGUUUGUGUUUGCCUGAUGUAUAUGAUUUAUAUCUAGACUAGAAUUUCUUUGUUGUAUCACUCUUGUGGCAGCAUUUGAAUAAAAAUUCUUAUGGAUGGCCAAAAAUAAAUAAAUAAAUAAAAUUCCUAUGUACUUGAACUGUUGAAUGAAACAGAUUUUCACAG